AAAUAUGAGCCUAUAUUAAGUUUUUUAAUAUAUAGAAUGGAUCAAUAGAAUAAAUUGGAGUAUUAUUGACUCAUUAGCUACACGAUAACUCCUUAUACUACAGCUUUAGAAUGUGUAUUAGAGUUAUUACUUUCUUUAUAUAUGUGGGGUCUGUACGUUUAUAUAUCUAUGGUAACAAACAACUGUAAUAACCAAAAAUUGUAGGAAAUGUUCUGAAAUAUCUUAUUCUAAAAAUCUGUUGGUUAAAAAAAAUUAAACAUGCCCAUUGUGGUAAAAAAUUUUAAUUGGUGGCAAACUAAUAAUAAAGUAUUUAUUAAAGUUGAAAUACCAUUCGUUAAUAAAAAAAAUGCUGAUGUGUUGACAUCUAAUAAAUUUCUCAAAAUUAGUUGUUUGUCACAUAUUUUUGAAGUUUUCCUUUGGGAUGAAGUCAAAGAAGACCAGAGUAAAUGUAUAUUUGGUGAUGGUUAUGUUUUAUUGGAAUUUGAGAAAGUUAGAAGUAAACAAUGGGAUUAUGUGGCGUUACAAAAACCAAAAGAAGAACUAAGAAUAAUUAAAAGAAACAUAUUAAACGAAUUAGUUGAUCAAUACCAAAAGAAAAUCGAAGAAAAAAAAAUUAAUAAAACAAAACAAGAUCGAUUAUCUGUAAAUGAGCAAAUAGAACGAGACAAUGAAGAGCAUAGAUACAUUCAGAAAGUUCGAGAAGAAGAAAAAGAGAAAGUUUUAAAAGAAUUAGACACUUGGAAUUCAACAACAUUUGUCAAUUAUCACAAUCAAGGAGACAAUAACACAAAAGAAAUAUUUAAUAAUUCUAAAUUAAACAAGAAAAAAAGUUUUGUAUACAUAGAAAAAGAAGAAGUUAUUAUACCAGAACCUAGAAAAUCAAAAACAGUUAAAAUUAAUUUUACACAUAGACAUUUCCCCACCCCUAGUAGAGAAUCGACUAAAGCUGACGAGCAAGAGUGGCUGAAAAAACAAAUGGAAGCACGCCGUGCUUCGGGAUUCGUAGAAGAAGACUUAAGACCUGAAGAACAAGACCCAGAUUGGUGUUUGCGUAAAGGAGAUAUAUUUUUGAAAGAAAAUAACUACUUUGGAGCCAUAAGUGCUUACUCGCAUGGAAUAAAAUUAAGCCCUAAAAUGGCAGUAUUAUAUUUAAAUAGAUCAAAAGCACAUUUUCUGGUAAAAAACUAUCAUAAAACUAUUGAAGAUUCUACAAAAGCAUUAGAGUUGAUGGUUCCGCUUGUCGAGAGUAAUUUAUUAUGGAGAUCGGAAGCUUAUUAUUAUCGAGCAAAAGGAUUGAUCGAAUUACAAUCAGCUCAUUUGGCAGUGGAUGAACUUAAAGCAGCACUUACAUUAGUACCAUCGCGAGGUAAUAUUUAUGGACCGGAAUUACAACAUGCUAUAGAAUUAGCUCCUGUUCAUGAAGAAACCAUGAAGAAGUCUAAAGUAUUUGAUUUAAGUGAACCACCAACUGUUAUAUAUAAAUAAAGUUCUAAACUAAAAAUGUUUAAUUAAAAU